GUACAUGCAGAUCACAUUGGCAAGACAAUAGAAUUUUUCCAAAGAAAAUUGGAGAAUUUAAAUAAACAAAAAGAAAUGUUUUCAAAGACCAUGUCUGUUACACAAAAAGCAUUGCUUGCGUCUUAUAAGGUUUCUUAUAGAAUUGCUAAAUGCAAAAAACCCCAUGUAAUAGGAGAAACUUUAGUGCUACCUGCAGCUAUUGACAUGGUAGCUACGAUGCUAGGUGAAUCAUAUGCUGAUCAACUUAAAAUCAUUCCACUUGCAAAUAAUACGGUGGGAAGACGAAUAUCCGAUAUAUCUGAAGAUCUUUGCGAUCAAUUAAUAGAAAAAGUAAAACUAUCUUCUUUCGCGUUGCAAGUAGAUGAGGCUACAGAUGUUCUUAAGGAUGCACACUUGAUUACAUAUGUAAGAUAUGUUGUGGAAACUGAUGUUAGAGAAGACAUGUUAUUCUGUAAACCUAUUGAAGGCAAUACUACAGCAAGUGAAGUUUUUAAUAUGAUUGAUAAAUUUUUCAAUGAAUAUAACAUUCUGUGGGAGAACUGUGUUGGACUAUGCACAGAUGGAGCUCCAUCUAUGGCAGGAAAAAACGCUGGUCUACAGGCACUAGUUCGAAAGGUGGCUCCUCGGAUUUCAAGUUAUUAUAAGAGUUGUAAAUUUUAUCAAAAAUAGCCCAUUAAGAGGAAGGCUUUUCGCAAAAUUGUGUAAUGACAUGGGUUCAGAAUAUACAUCACUUCUAUAUUAUUGUGAGGCACGUUGGC